AUGCGUCUUCUCAUCGUCCUCGUUGUUGUCUUUGGACUGUUCAUCGCCACUUGUCAAAGUUCGGGGGACACUACAUACAAAUUCUCUAUUGCCAUGCAUUGCCCGAGCAAAGAACUUGGAUUAUGGAGGGCUACUAUUUGGAACAUUUAUUCUGAUUCCACCUAUCCUCUAGCAGAAGCUGGAGGAACGACUUCGGACAAGUUUAAAUUUAUAGAAGUUGAAGGAUUUUUAACCAAAAAACCAAAUAGUCUAAGGCUUUCCUCAUAUUCAAAUUGUAAUUCAGAGCCGGAGUUUCCUGAAGAUGUUGGAAUCCCAGUUCAAUAUGAUGAAGGACAUCACUAUGGUUUCCGAGUCUACAAUAUGGAGAAUAUAAAGGAUUUAACUGAUAGUGCGGCUUACGAAUAUCUGUUUAUGAUGUAUUUGGGAAAAGAUUGUUUAAUGAACGGGUGUAAGGAGAGCUCUCGUGACUACGUUGCCAAAGGUUGUGACUUUUUCAAAAAUGAAGCUUCGCAAUGUAUGAAAGGAUAUGAUGAUGCACUGCCGAAAUAUUGUCAGAAGGAUGGAUCAUCGGCUCACUCAUUAUGUUCUGAAUACAUUUCCACGACCAGCUCAACAAAGAUGAUUCUCAUUAUCGGUGGUGCAGUUGGAGCCAUCAUCAUUCUUGUCCUAGCCAUCGCCAUUUUCUUCUACUGUAGAAAGAAGAAGAAGAGUAAGCAGAACAUGACUGGAACAAUGUCUGGAUCGGGCACUAUCUCGGGAACCACCAAGCAAUCAACUGCUACUAACAACUUCAAUACUGGAGCACCGACUGGGACACCGACUGGAGCACCAAUCCCUACUGGAGCCGAGGCUACUGCAGGAGCACAAAGAUAUUAG